AUGAGUUACUACUUCGCCAUUGUCGGCACUCAGGACAACCCUCUAUUCGAGCAUGAAUUUGGCACCUCUAAACAGGGCGGCGACGGCCAGUCGCGCUUCAGCGAUCAAGUCCGCCACUUGAACCAAUUCAUCCUACAUUCGAGUCUUGAUAUUGCCGAGGAGGUCCAGUGGUCGCAUGGACAGAUGUAUCUCAAGUGUAUUGACAAGUUCUUCAACAACUAUAUAUCAUGCUUCGUCACUGCUGGCAACGUCAAAUUUCUCCUACUCCAUCAACCCAUCAUCCCGACAGGAGCGUCAUCGCGGUCAUCAACUGCCAUCGGGGCUAAUCCCACAAGUCCAGCUACCGAAGAAGCCAUCAAAAUGUUCUUUACGGAAGUUUAUGAGAAUUGGGUCAAGGCUAUCAUGAGUCCUUUCUACCACGCCAACAUGGAGGUGCGUAGCCCUGUCUUCAGAACAAGGGUAGCGGCAGCUGGGAGGAAGUACCUCUGA